CUCCAAAACACUUUCAUUUUUGUCCAAAACCAAGGUUUACCACUCAUAAAAUACAAAUAAUAAACAACAAAAUGAUACAUUAAUAAGGGAAAUGUCUCAAAUCCAAAACGUGUAAAUGAUUGGUUGAAUUCUUCUCGUAAUUUCAGAGUUCAUGAAGGGUAUAAUAUAACAUAUCUUAUAUUAAUUCUUAUCUACCAUGUCUUGACAAUUUACGUCUGCUAGUACAAUUCAGAAACCUCAGCUGAGUUUCCAAAGCCACCAUCUAUUCAUCAUGGAUGCAGAAGAAGUCUUGAAGCUCUUUGAUUCAUGCUGGUUCGGGCAUCAAAAUUUGAAGGAACACACAAGUUCAUCAACAAUACCAACAAGUCUUCAUGAGAAUUCUUCAGAUCAUAAUCAAAUAAAAGAACCAUCAGAACCAACACUUUUACGCAUCCAAAGCGGUCAUAGCAGAUCCAUGAGCGACCAGUUGAGUUCCAUGACAUGUUUCAAGGACGAUUCUCUCUCACCAGACUCAGUUUUCUCACCAAAGCUUCAAACCAUUCUCUCAGGAAAAGAUGUCACAGACGCAGAAGCAGCACAUGUGCAGCUUCAACUACUAGUGUUGCCUAAGAAGAGGGAAAGGAGGAAGAAAAGACCGAGCAAGAGUUUAUCAGACCUUGAAUUUGAGGAGCUGAAAGGGUUCAUGGAUCUGGGGUUUGUUUUCUCAGAGGAAGAUAAGGACUCAAGUUUGGCUUCAAUCAUUCCUGGCUUGCAAAGGCUAGGGAAAAGUGAUGAGGAAGAAGAGGAUUCUGAAUUAGGGUCCUCAGUCCAAAGACCUUACCUCUCUGAAGCAUGGAAGGCUCAAGAAAGGAGAAAGAAAGAGAACCCUCUCGUGAAUUGGAAGAUUCCUGCUCUGAACAAUGAAAUUGACAUAAAAGAUAGUCUCAGGUGGUGGGCUCAAACUGUUGCUUCCACUGUUAGAUGAUGAAGUUUUGUUAUUCAAGUUUUUUCUUGUAUUAUUACAUAUACUUCGCUUAUUAUAUCUUUGAAAUUUUGUUUCACUUUUU